AUGGCGUCUAGUUUCUUCACAAAAAUUCCUUCACUCUCUGCAAUUUUCUCUGUUUACACAUCUCUCUCUGCCUUCACGAUCCUCUUAAAAACCAUUCUCCAUGAGAUCAUUCCCGACCAAAUCCGUGACUUUAUCAUCUCCAAAUUCACAGACUACUUUUCUUCUUAUUUCAACUCCAAUUUCACGUUCAUCAUCGAGGAACAGAGCGAUUACGUUAUGAAUCAGACUUUCCGUGCAGCUCAAGUUUACUUGCCGACUCUUCUCCCCAGAAUCUCCACCAGAAGUCUCCUGGUCAGUUCGAACGACCUCAAGAAUCCGUACUUUCAUUUGACGUGUAAGAAUGAGUUUAGGGACAAGAUCAUGUCAGAUUACUUCACAUACAUUGCAAAAUCAUCUGUGAAGAUAUUGACACAUAAUGAAAAUCUCAAUAUCUACAAUUACAAUCCAGAUUGUCAGAGAUGGGAAUCAGCAAUCUUCCAACGUCACACCACAUUUGAAACCUUAGCAAUGGAACCUGAGCUCAAGAACACAUUGAUCCGUGACCUAGACGCUUUCUCCAAUGGAAAAGACUUCUUCAAAACCGUAGGAAGAGCUUGGAAACGCGGUUAUCUUCUUUACGGUCCUCCUGGAACCGGAAAAACAUCGCUUGUUGCUGCCAUUGCUAAUCACAUGAAUUAUAGUAUCUAUGAUCUUCAGAUUCAGAGCGUUAAAGAUGAUGCAUUGUUUAGACAGAUUCUCACUUUGACCGAGAACCGCUCCAUUCUUCUCAUCGAAGAUCUUGAUUGCAGUGGAGCAGAUGCUACUUCAAUAAUCGAAUGCCAUUACUACCUUUAA